AUGUUUUAAUGGAAGUUGUAUAGAUAUGCAUAGUCCUUAACAUAACAAUUAACAUAAUCAUUGGAGUAGCUGCCAUUGGUAGAAAAGAAUUUAUAAAAAUGUAGAAGUUGUCAUUUAUCAUCUAAUUUAUGGUUAUGUUUAUAUUGUGGACAUGUUGGUUGUGGUAGAAAAAUGUAUGAUGGAUCAGGAGGAAAUAAUCAUGCAGUCAAACAUUCUAAAGCUUAUUAACAUCAUUUAGUUGUCAAAUUAGAAACUAUUACAUCUGAUGGUAAAGGCGAUUAUAAAUGUGAUGAUGAAGUAAUAGAUAACUUUCUUAAAGAACAUUUAGACACAUAUAGUAUUGAAAUAGAAAAACAAGUAAAAACAGAAAAAGCUAUUGCUGAAUUAACAUUAGAUGCUGUUUUAACUAUAUAAUUAAGUAAAUCGAUAGAGGAAGGAUAGGUGUUAGAUUUUAUCUUUGGACCCGAAUUUACAGGAAUAGAUAAUAUUGGAAAUACUUGUUAUAUGAAUUCAGUUGUUUAAGUGUUCUUUAGUAUUCCAGAAUUUAAGUAAUUAUAUUCAUUAGAACAUCAAUUUAAUUGUACUUAAUUACCAGUUAAUUGUAUAUUGUGUUAAAUUAGUAAAGUUAAUCAUGGAUUAAACAGUGGUGAAUUUUCAAUAAAAAAAGUAUCUAAAUCUUCUUUAGACACAGAAGGAGUUUAAAAAGAUUUUUAUUAAUAUGGUAUUAGAUUGUAUGAUUUGAAAUAUUUGGUUGCUAAAGGUAAUCAAAAUUUCUUAUCUAAUCAUUAUAGGAUGCAUUAGAAUAUUGGCAGUUAUUGAAUCCAUUUUUUUAGAAAACGGAAAAAUAUUAUAAAUUAUAAUAGUUAACUUCUAUGUUUUCAUAUGAUUAAACAACAUUUAUAAAAUGUGUGAAUUGUGGAGGACAUAAAGUGAAUGUUGUUAAGAAUUAUGAAUUUAAAGUGGCAGUUGAAUAACAAACAUAAGAUUAAAUUGAUCUUUAUUAUGUACAAGAGAAAUUGAAAUAUGAAGAGAGAAUAAAGAGUAUGAAACCAGAAGAUAUGAAACCAUUUUAAUUGAAUGAUUUACCUGAGUAUGAUACAACUUUUGAAAAAUGUUUAUAAUUAUUAAAAGAAGGAGAAAGAGUGGAAAUGUUUUGUCCAAAAUGUUAAUCUCUUUAAUUAUUUGUAAAAUAAGAAUACUUUAAGACAUUUCCAAAAUAUUUAUUUGUACCAGAAAUAAGAUUUGUAUAAAAGAAUUGGGUUGCUAAGAAAUUGAAUGCAUCAAUAAAGAUUGAGCAAUUCUCUGAUUUUAAUGAAUUUAAAGAGCCUUUAUUCUAAGAUAAUGAUACUUUAAAAGAGUAAUAAUAAGGAUAGGAAUAUACAGAAGAUAAUUUAUAAACUUUAAUGGGAAUGGGAUUAGGUGAGAAUAGAUGUAAAAGAGCACUUCUAAAAUUUAAGAAUGAUGUAGAAGCUGCAAUGAUGUUUAUAAUGGGAUCAUUGGAUGAUCCAACUUAAGAUUAACCAAUAUAAUAAAAAGAGAAUGGUUAAUAAAUAAAUGAAGAGUUUGUAGAAUAAAUAAUUGUAAUGGGUUUCAGUCCAUAAUAAGCCAGAUUUGCAUUAUCUAGGACAGUAUAAAUAUAUGUUGAUUAAAAUAAAAGGAUAAUAAUCUGGAAAGAGCAAUGGAUUAUAUAUUUAAUCAUGAUUUAGAAUAGGAAAUGAAUCAUAUAAC